AUGCGGCACUGGUGGCAGUGCUUGGAGUCGGUCGAUGCGGUGGUCUGGACAAAAGCUAUCAGAGGUGGAAACUGGGACGUGGCGAUUUGGCGAUUGGCAUCUUUGGAAAAGAAACGCAUUCAGAAGGAUGUGGUUCUUUGCAACACCGUCAUCAGUUGCUGUGAGAAAAGCUCUCAGUGGUCUCAAAGUCUGAAAGUCUUGCUGGAGCUGCACUCGUUGAUGGGCGCAUCUGUGGUUUCCUGUGGAGCGGUGAUCGGAAACUGUGAAAAGUCCUCGCAGUGGCAGUGGGCGGUGCAAACUUUCUCUGCCAUGCAGGAGUUCAAGCUGGAAGCAAAUGCCAUCUCCAGCAGCUCCACGAUUUCAGCCUGUCGCGGCGGCUUCGCAGACGCCUGGCAAGGUGCCACGAGCCUUCUUCAUGACUUUGCUUCCUCAUCGCUGCAAGCAGAUGUCAUCGCUUUCAACAGUGCCAUCACUGCGGCUGGCGAAGCUCAAGCCUGGCAUUCGGCAUUGGAACUCUUCAUGAACCUUCACGUUGGGCACUUGCGGCGCAGCAUUGUGACAUACUGCGCAGCCAGCAGCGCUUGCGAGGGUCAGUGGCUUUUGUCUUGGCAAGUGCUCAAUCAACUUCAAGACGGUCGGAUAGCGGUGAACAGCAUUCCCUACAACGCCGCUGCCAGUGCCUGCGAGAAAGCCGCUGAAUGGGAAAGUGCCUUAGAGGUCAUGAUGGAAGUACGGAAGAUUAGGCUUCACACCAUCAUGACCUACGGCGCGGGCAUCAGCGCCUGUGAAAAAUCACUCGAGUGGCGGAGGGCUCUGCAGCUAUUGGCUGAAGUGCCACAGAACUCCUUGGAGAUGAAUGUCGUUGUGCACAAUGCAGCAAUCAGUGCCUGCGAGAAGGGAGCGGAAUGGCAGCGGGCCUUCAAUCUCUUGGUCUCCUCAGGAGAGAACCGCUUGCAAAGUGACCUGAUGUCCCUGAAUGCGCUGAUCAGUGCCUGUGAAAAAGCCAAGCAAUGGCAGUACGCCCUGCAUGUCUUGGAGAUGAUCCCAGAUGCUAAGCUUCAGCGGAACAUCAUCUCCUACAGCGGAGCCAUCAGUGCCUGCCAGAAGGCCACGCAAUGGGAGCGCGCUCUGGUGUUGGUGGCCCAGCUGCCGUCGUGCAAAUUGCGGGGCAAUGCCAUCGCAUACAACGCAGCCCUGACGUCCUGCGAGAUGGGUUCUCAGGCGGUGCAGGCCUUGCUGCUGCUGAAGCACUUGGACGCCAUGCAGGUGGAACCUGAUGAAGUGACCUUCGAAUCGACCAUGCGCGCCUGCGCCUGUGCCGAGCAGUGGGAGACCACACUGGAGCGGGGUUGGCUUCUUUAG